AGCUGCGUAAAAAGAAGAGACUCCCUCUCCUACUGCUGUUCGGCUCUUCAACGCAACUGGAACCGGAGAAAUCGCGAAGCACAGCUGGAGGGCAGCGCCAAUUCAGAAGUGAAGAAUCCUAAUCGAAGACGGAAGAGACGAAGAGCACCUAUAAAUUGAGGGGGGCGCUGCGAAUAACAUCACCACCACCGAUCAGAGUAAAAAUCAGAGCUGAAAUUCCAAAAGGAUGGUUAAAGAGAAACUAGCCGUUUGAAUCACCAUUUUUGCCCUACGACCCGCUCAGCUCGCCCCAUCUGAAACCGCCGAAGGAGUUACAAGCAAUUCUCAGAGAACGGCAGAUAAAAAAUCAAGUUCUUGCAGGGUUUCAACUUUUGAAGAACCAUUUGGAUCUCUAAAUCAACGAAGAAGGUCUCAGCGGGAUUUGCUGCUCAGCCAUGGCGGAAACGUCUUCCCCUUGUAUGGUGCGAUCGUUCACCCAGCCUUCCUUCUCCAGGUCCUGUGACGAGGGAGAUAUUCUUCGUGCUCUAACUUCGUCAAUCUCGUUUGGGAAAUACAUGACGGAAUCACUGGCUUGGGACAAGUGGUCUACAUUCCCUCAGAAUAAUUACAGAGAAGAAGCUCUGAGAUACUCCAGGCCUGGUUCUGUUGCUGAGAAGAAAGCUUUCUUUGAAGCCCGGUUCAAGACAAUGGCUUCCAAAAAAACUGCAGCUUCUUCUACGGUUGAACAGAAAUCUGCAAUAGCUGAGCAUUCAUCUGGUUUGAACAGAGUGAAUCAGAACCAAAGUAAUGCGUAUUUGGAUUCUUCCCCUGGACAUUCUAAUGGGAACAAUGCUGUGUUUGACAAAAGUGACCAAGAAAAUACCAUGGCUGUACCCUCAACAGGACAGCCUAUAUGCAGUAAAGAGGUUACUACUGCUACAAUGGGAGACACACGAGUCUCCGACAAGUUACCCCAUGCAUCAACAACCAUAAAAUCAUCAACUAGAUGUCCGACAUCAAUUCCACCCAAGAAGACUGAUCAUUCUAUGUCAAGUAGUAGUAAGAAGGCCACUACUACUAAAGGUUCAGCAGCUAAAAAGCAGUUCACUCCAAGAUCUCUCCAUGUGUCAAUCGACAACAUAGAGUUUGAUGAUGAGCCCAUGAAAAAAUCUUCUCCAAUUUUUCAGAAGAUUGUGAACUCUAAAUUUGUUAAAGCAAUGACUAAUGGUAAACUUCAAGAGAGCAGAACAAAAAAAUCUCCUCUUAAGGUGAAAGACCAAAAAAUUGCAGCUGCAAAACAAACGGAAGAACCUAUAUUCAGUGAGGAUGUGGCGAAACCACUAAAUGCAUCAUACCUAGAUGAGAAUUUGGAGCCAGAGGAGGGAACUGUUGCAAUGGGAGAUUCAGAUGAGACUACUUGUUCAUCUGCAACUAUGAAAGUAAUACAACCAUCAACAAAAUGUGGAUUGCCCAAUGCACCACUCGUGAAGCCAACACCAUCCAUUCAAUCCACGAAGAGAGACCAUUCUAUUACAGGAGUUGAUCAUGUGGCAGAAAAUUCGGAGCAUGAUGAGUACAUCAAAACAUCUUCUCCAGUUCUUCAGAAGAUCGUCAAUUCAAAGUUUGUCCGAGCAAUAACUAAUAAUACAACUCGAGAGAACAGAUCUAAAAUAUCUCCUAUUAGGACAACUAGCUUUUCAUUAUCAAAGCCUGUAUCUGAGCCAAAAAUUACAAGCAAUUUGAAACCUUCAAAUGCAAAUGGAAGUAAGACAUCAACUUCUUCCACUACAUGUGCUUCAUUUGUCUUCAGGAGCGAGGAAAGAGCAAUGAAGCGUAAAGAGUUCUAUCAGAAGAUAGAACAGAAGUUGAAAGAGGAGCAGCAGACACAAAUAAAAGCAAUGGGUAAAAGAACAAAUGAAUCUACAGUUUUGAGAGCCUCUACGUCCCGGGUUAAACCUAAUUUCAAUAAUCAUCUGACAAGAGGAGAUUAUUCAUCAAUUAGCACCAUAGGAAAGAUUCCAGAAAUGCAGAAGCCUGCUUCGAAAGUCCAAGAGAAUAGUUCUAAACCACCCUGGAGGCUUUCAGGAAAGUCUGAUAGCUCCAAAGAUGUUAUGGGAAAGAACACCAAGCUCCUCUCCCGUACUACCAGAUCAGUUGCGAUGGAAGAAUGUAGACGUGAAAAUGCUUCCCCAAAUAUCCAGGUUUGAGUAUUUGCAAUGUUCUUUACUUCUUUGUAAAGAACUAUAAUAGAACAUAGAUUGAUAAUUUCUCUAAUAUCCCCCUUACCCGAAAUUAAGAUGUUUUUUAUAAAUAUUAUUGAGGGUGUUCUGGAUACCAAUAAUCAAGCCGAUUGUAUAGGAAAUUCUAUAUGAACUGUUGCUUGCAGCCCCAAUAUAUCCACAUUGUACGAUAUUCUAAUGUCAAGU